AUGUCUCCUACAUCUACAAACGCAGUCAGCAACCAAGGCUCUCCUACCCAUCCAGCUCUCGAAGUGUCUCAGUCAAAUGAGUUGGAACACGGCUUUACAAAUGAAGACGGUAGUUCGAUCUCGAGUGGUUCUGCUCACGCCGACGGAUCUUCACCAGCAGAAGCCGAAUCACGACUACAUCUAGAUCAAAUUGACGAGACUGAAGACUCUUACGAAUCAGUGAUGAGCAGAAUCAAUAAUUGGCGAGAGACGACUAGUUCAGAUAUAGAAGUACCUUUUGAUAUUGUAGAAGAAACUCCGAUACCCGAAGUGAUUGAAGAACAAAGAGAAGAAUCAACUGCAGAGAUUGAAUUAAGACAAAAACUAGCUUUACUUCAAUCACUUUUGAAUGAACAAAAUGAAGAAAAUGAUUCAUUAGAUGAUAGUGAUGAUGAGCAGUUUGAUAAGAAAGAAGACAAGUUUCAAUUUCUCAUGGGUCAAUCUGAUUUUAAGGAUCUUCUCUUUCUUCAAAUCUUAAAUCAAUGUUCACCUUUUUCUUCGAAUGACGGGGUUUCUAAAGCUUUUGGGAAAUGUGCACAUCUUCUCAGAACUAGUGAAGCCACAAAGGAGUACUUUGGCAAUCUUGGAAUUAAUUCAGGAAAAAGGUUGUUGAGGGAACGUUAUCUCCUUUUAAAGUCUUGGAUCACUACCAAAGGCUUCUGCAAUGUCAUCAAUUCUUCAUCUCAAGACCAUGAAGAAGAGAUUCGUGAGCUGAUGCAAGAGCUGAUUGAGGAGGAAAUCGCAUACACAACUCACAAACAAUCAAGAGACAUCGACCAACCUAGUUUACUUUCUGGUUCGAGUUAUGGUUCAGUUUCAAGCUGUGAAAGUUCAUUUGAAAGUGAGAGUUGUGUUUGA